AUGCCUCUCUGGCUCGUUUACCACACCCCCGACACCUUUGUCGACGUCGAGUCCAGGCGGGCGUUCGUCAAGGACAUCACCGCGAUGUACACGUCCAUUGGCUUGCCCGCCUUCUACGUCAUCGUCAACUUCCUUCCCAUGUCGGCCGGAUCGAUGUGGAAAGGCAACGAGAUCCCGGAAAAGCCGUUCGUCAGACUGAGUAUGGACCACAUCGCCGUUCAUCUCGAAAACGAUGUCGACAACUAUCGAGCCACUUGCGAUGCUCUCGAGAAACUCAUGAAGCCGCACAUCGCGGACAAAGGUUACGACUAUGAGUAUCACGUCGACGAGACGGAGAGAGAGUUAUGGAGGAUCAACGGGGUUAUCCCGCCUCCCUGGGGCAGCAAGGCGGAGAAGAAGUGGUUUGAGGCGAAUGCCGUAGUGCCCUACGAGCUUGAGGACGGAGAGAGCGUGUCUCAGAAGCUACACAAUUCGAAGGAAAAGGCGAAGAGGCUUGCUGCUGAGGCUAACAAAGACAAGCCGCUGCAUCGCCCCGCCGUUGCCAUUGGAGACCAUGUCCUCGACCUUGACGAAUUCGCAAAGGCUGGUGGCUUUCGCAAAGCAUCAGGCGUAUCGCCAGAGCACCUGACGGUCUUUUCGCAACCUACCCUCAACUCCUUCGCAGAACUUGGACGGCCGAUCCACCGCAUCGUCCGGUCUUACUUGCAAGAGGUUCUCCAGGAAAACACACCUCAUCCGUAUAUUCUCAAGGACAACCAGGCAUUGCAGAAGACUGCUUUGCGGCCUGUAUCGGAAGUAACCUUGCAUCUCCCAUUCGCGAUCGGAGACUACACCGACUUUUUUGCCGGACGCAAUCACGCGCACAAUGUAGGAACUCUGUUCCGCGGAGCUGCCAAUGCGAUGCAGCCGAACUACAACCACCUUCCCGUCGCAUAUCACGGCCGCGCCAGUUCCGUUGUGGUCUCCGGAACCCCGCUCCGGAGACCGUGGGGCCAGGCUCUCCCAGCCCCGGGCGCCACCGAGCCGGUUUUCCGGCCCUGUGCCCGGCUCGACAUUGAACUUGAGAUGGGCAUGUUCAUAUGUCGACCCAAUGGCCUCGGGAACCCAGUUUCUGUCAAAGAUGCUGAUGAAUUCAUCUUUGGCUAUGUAUUGAUGAAUGAUUGGAGCGCUAGAGAUAUCCAACAGUGGGAAUAUGUUCCGCUUGGGCCUUUCAAUGCCAAGAACUUUGGCACAACCAUCAGCCCUUGGGUUGUACUCGCCGACGCACUUGAGCCCUUCAGAACGAAGGGACUGGAGAACAAUGUCCAGCUGCAAAACUAUUUGCGCGAGGAUCGGACUGAGAAUGUCCUGGAUAUCAAACUAGAGGUUUCCCUUUCUGGCAUCACUGUGUCAUCAACUGGUCGAAAGUUUUCUAAUUACCCUGGUGGCCUGGACUCUAACAACACCAACAACGGGAACAACGGCAAGUACACCGUCGCCGAGCUAUUUGACGACAAUACAGAGAGGCCAUACCCUAGCGCAGACUUCAACAACCCACCCGGUGGAUCUAUCAACUUCACCACAGUUCCUCCAACAGGCGCAAACUAUGAAAACUAUCUGAUUGGCGUUCAGAGCGUUGUCAUUGACAGCGCAGAUCGCCUAUGGAUCCUCGACACGGGAAGAGUGCUCACGGCUGACGGUGUCCUGGUCCCUGCCAGUGUUGGUGGCCCUAAGUUGAUCGGCAUUGACCUCAACACCAACUCAGUGAUCAAGACCAUUGUCUUCCCUGACACUGUGGCAUAUCCGGUCAGCUACCUCAACGACGUACGCUUCGACCUCAGCCCAAGCUUGACAAGCAGCGGACAAGGAGUCGCAUACAUCACGGAUUCAUCAAGUGAGGGCCGCACUGGCUUGAUCACCGUUGAUCUCGGCAGCGGAGAAUCCUGGCGGCACCUUGGCGGCAGUCCAUAUGUACAGGGUGACCGCCAAUUUCUCGCGUUUAUCUGGGGACAAGCACUUUACGCCAAUCAGCCGGGGAGCCCGGCCGCAUUUGUAACUUUCGGUGUUGAUGGUAUUGCACUUGGGGCGGAUGGCAAAGAUCUCUAUUUCGGUGGGGUUGGGAACAGAUAUCUCUACAGCAUUCCGACACAGCGCUUGCUGGAUAAUGGACCGACAUCUGAAGCACGGGCACAAGCCUCUGUUGUCACUGCAAGCCAGAAAGGACUUGCUGAUGGCUUUGAGACGGAUACCAACGGCUUCAUUUAUCACGGCAACUUCGAGCAGAAUGCGGUGAACUUCUUCAACCCGGCGAAUGGGACUGAUCAAGUCUUUUUGCGAGACCCUCGUAUCAACUGGGCCGACACCUUUUCUGUCGCAACGGAUGGCUAUAUCUACUUCACAAACAACCAACUUGGCUUUGGCCCUCAAAUAUACCCGGGCACAGAUCGACGGCAGCGCCCGUUCUCGUUGUUCAGGGCUAAGCUGCCCAAUGGCGGCGCCAAGGUCGGCGGUUCCUCGAACAGCACCAACUCCCGAAGUCGUUAG